AUGCCCAGCACCAUGGAGACCCACCCCAAGAGCCUGGAUGGGAGUGAAAAGUCCCCUGAAUCCAAGGAUUUGAUUACUAGCAACACGGCCAGCACGCUGUGCAUCAGCUCCAGGAGUGAGUCCGUCUGGACCAACACGCCCAGGAACAAGUGGGAGAUCUACCACAAGCCCAUCGUGGUGGUUUCUGUCGGAGGCGCCAUCUUCCUCUUUGGAGUGGUGGUUACCAGCCUGUCCUGCUUCAUAGAGACCAAUAAAAAUGUUUACAAAAUGUGCGGCCCGGCUUUCCUGUCCCUGGGGCUGAUGCUCCUGGUUUGCGGCUUCGUCUGGAUCCCCGUCAUCCGGAAGAAGCAGCGGCAGAGACAGAAGUCACACUUCUUUCAGAACAUCAAGUCAUUCUUCUUUAACCGCUGA